ACAGUAAUUCUUGGUUAGAUUUUAAAUGUUGAGAGUUUUAAUUGGGAUUUUUAAUAAUGAAGUAGUGAAGUAUCAAAUACCGCUCUCGUCUCAAGUAAGCUUCGCUCAAUCAGUAUUUAAAAGGUACCGCGAGCAUUGCAUUUGACGGACUAUAUAAGUUGACACUUGACUCUCACGCGAAACCACUCAUGAAUUACGAGGUCAAUCUCAGUCCAUCAUGCAAAACACUACAUCCCGUUUCGUGUACUGACAACUGAUAUUCGCUUGGUUCUAGUUUAACUCUCAGUCGGCUAAAUCAUAUUCUGUUUUGUUGCUGUUUCAUCCUUUCAUCCGUUCCUUAGUUUGAUCGCUCGUUCGUUCUUUAGUUUUUUUCCACUUUCGUUCCUCCUUCUCGUUGGUCAAUUCAAUUUUUUGUUCGUUUAUUUUUCUUCUUUCGUUCACUAGUUCGUAUCUUUGUUCAAAAGACAACGCACGUGAUACGGAAGUAGAAAAAUUGCUCUGUCAUUGUUACAUUUUAAAACUGGAGUGUAUCUCCGGCUCCCAGACACCUGUUACACUUAAGCCUUUUCACAAUUCAGACGAAACAAACUCUCCAGCAUGACUACACCGACAAUUCUUCUUCAAACUUAUUGUUUCCGACAGAACGAAACGCGACGUUUCUAAGGAUACAAAGCAAACCUCGUACAAUGCUGUGUUUCGAUUAAUUUAAAGAGUGACGCGCGCCGUUAAAAUAUUCACCUGUCACGGCAUUGUUUUAUAGCUCACGGUAGUAAACAAGUUUUGUCAUAAUAGUUUUAGUACGUGCAAGACGCGGAUCAAGCCUGACUGUGGCAGUACGCGAUCGAAACAAGCAGAACUAAUCAAAAAAAUUAUUCUAGUGCGUCUUAUCUCAGCUGAGAAAUUCUCCACGCUUUCCCGGUACUGUUGAUGCGGCUAUGAAAAUAUAGAAGUCCUUAUCAUGUUCUUUAAACUGCAAGGCGAGUUGAGAGCAAUCUGGGGACGAGCGGAAAAGGUUGGCAGGUCAAGUUUUGAAGGGUUCUUUGCAUCCAAAGGAGCAGCAUAUGCACUACCCGAUGGAGACUUCGCUCGGCAGGCUACCAAACAUGGAGGGGAGAUGCAAUUACAUUUGCAGGCCAUGGUCAACUUGUUGCGGGAUGAAGAUGUUCUUAGACUCGUUGUUAAAUUGGAAAGCCAGUAUCCAAACAGAAUUCGCUAUCUAACAAUUGUGUCAGCAUUUGGUCAAGAUGAAGAAGAACAGAGUAUUGUCAUGGGUGUGGAUUGGACUGACAAGGCCACUAUUGGUCUGGUAAUUCCGUUGUAUAGAGACACAACCAUUAAUCUUGAUGGUGAUGGGACUGCCCUACAGUGGAUUCACAAGUGUAGUGAGAAUGCCAGGAAACACAACUAUUACUAUCUGAAUGAGUCCUCACAUGCUUGGGUUGAGUAUUAUUACAGGAAAAUUUCCUCAGACAGACUUCGUAUAAAUGAAUGGUUUACUUGCAGUAGAACUGAUGUAAAUCACAAAAUGCUGAUAGGACACUACAGAUACACAAGUUAUGUUUCUGCACAUACAGUGCAUGUAUGA